AUAUGUAAGUACUGGCCAUGGGCUAAGCGAGUCACUUCAGAGCAAAACAAGAUGGCAUUAACUGAUACAAAACCAGCCUUGUCACUCAUGCAUGGAAAAUCGCACAGUUGGAACUGUCAGGUUAUUUGGAGUGGAAGAUGGCAAGAAGGUGCUGCUGCAACUCCUGGGGAGGAAGUUGAACAAAUCAACAGCUAUCUCUCCAGACUUGGAUCCACCACCAAGAAUAUGAUAGCAUCAGGUCGCGAGGAUUGCAUCACUGAGCAUCUAUUGAGUUGGAAUAAGCGAAAAAUUUGUAAUCUACCUAAGCUGUUGGUUCUUCGCCUGAAAAAGACGGAAAAGAAACUCGCCGAUGCGAAAACGGAACUUGCUACGUAUGCACGUGAGAUUAAUUUAUCAGACGCUGAUUUGGAUGCCUCAGUUGUGUCAUGGAAAAGAGAUGUUCAGCAGUUUGCUACUGAACAAAAAGCAGGAAAAAAUGUUGACGUUGGGGAUUUAGGAGAAUUCUACCUUUUACAUCAUGUGGUACAAAAUGCUCAACAACUAAAUACGUUUAUAAAACAAAGCAGUUGAAUAAGAACAUGGAAAGAUUGCGUGUUUUGUCGUCCGAGCUUUUGAAUUCCACUGUAACAGAGGAGGAGCUUCUAGCUCGGGGGAAGGUUGAACUUGCGAAAGUAACAUUGUCCAGGUUGCAGAGAAAAUUGGAGAUGCUGUACUUUUCCAUUACGAGGCGGAUGAAGGAGAUUUCGGCGCUUGCUGAUUCUAGUAAAAGGAGAUCAUCUAUGCGAGCAAAAUGCUCAAGG